GUUUUAUACUUCCAGACUGUUUAGGCUUUUAGCGAAUAUGAAGGUUCAUCAAUUUUUCUGUUUUUGUCUAUGGCUUUUGGGUGUUUCAGGUGUGUUUGGUGAUACAGAUGAAGUGAAGUCAGUGUUAGUGACGGAGGGAGAUUCUGUCUCUCUAAACUCUGAUGUUCAAAUACAGAGAGAUCUGAUACUGUGGGCUUAUAGACAUGACCGUUCAGAGACUCGUAUCGCUAAAAUCCAUGAGCAUGUCAUUGAUAUGUUUGACAGUAAUGUGAGAUUUGGAGACAGACUCCAGAUGGACAGACAAACUGGAUCUCUGACCAUCAGAAACAUCAGAACCACAGACUCUGGACUUUAUAAACUGUGGAUCUUCAGCAAAACUAACACACACAAAAGUUUCAGUGUUACUGUCUAUGCUCCUCUACAGACUCCUGUCAUCACCAGAGACUCUUCAGACUCUUCAUCAUCAUCAUCAUCAUCAAGACCAUCAGUGUCCAGAUGUUCACUGGUGUGUUCAGCGGUGAAUGUGAGUGAUGUGACUCUCUCCUGGUAUAAAGGAAUGAGUGUAUUGUCCAGCAUCAGUGCGUCUAAUAUCAGCAUCAGUCUCUCUCUACCUCUGGAUGUGGAAUAUCAGGAUAAAAACACUUACAGCUGUGUGAUCAACAAUCCUGUCAGAAACCAGACCACACAUCUGGAUAUCACGCAACUCUGUCACACAUAUGCAGAUCAGGAAAGCCUGUCAGAAUACACAGAGGUCAUCUACCGUCUUCAGAUCACACACCAUCACUGA